AUGGGCCCGCGUUGGCGGGGGCUGUCGCUGCUCCUAGCUGCCGUCAUCGGGCUUCUGUUAGAAUGUUGUAGCGCCAGGACGGUCCAGGUGGAUCUAGAUCUGCGGCAUGCGGUCGCAGGAGCGCCUGCGAAGCGACUUGGGCAGCUCUCCGUGACCGUCAGCGACGAGGGCGAGCAGGGCUGGCACGCGGUGCAGCCGCUCAUCCGGAGCGACGACGAAAGAGGAGGACAGGCUGGUGACAUCGUCGCGGUCCCACCCGGGGCCUGGCGGCUCGACGCGGUGCCGCAGGGCCCUGGCAACACACCGCUGACGAGCCUGGCGUCGCUGGAGUGCGUCCAGCAGCUCGCGGGGGCCGGCCUGGCAGUCAUCGAGAUCCAUGUCAACGGCGAGGGACGGCCGGUCGCGGUGCAGAUGCAGAGCGCGUCGGGGCUGUGCCGUGGGUCGGGCGCCCGGGCCAACACGCCCAAGCACACCCCGUCGUUCGACGUCUCCUCGUGGAACGUGGUGGUCGUGGGACCGCGGCCGGCGCACCACAUCGCGACCAAGCUCCCAGGGCCCGGGGAGUACGCCGCGGUCCCGGACGCAGCCACCAUGCCGCUGGGCGCCGCAGACUCGAUCGAGAAGAGCCUGGACGCUGCGGGGCGGCAGGCGUUCCAGGAGCGCAAGGCCAAGGAGCAGGGUCGCGGGAAGCCGGAGGAGCAGUCGUUUGUGCGCAAGUACUGGAUGUACCUCAUCCCGGCCGCCAUGAUCAUCGCGCAGCUCCUGGGGCCCACCCCGGAGGAGCAGGCGCAGCAGCGCGCCGCGGCUCAGCAGCAGCAGCAGCAGCCGCAGCGGGGCGGGCAGCGGAGACAGUGA